AAAAAAAUUAGCUGGGCACAGUGACGCAUGCCUGUGGUCUCAGCUACUCAGGAGACCGAGGCAGGGAGCCUUGCUUCAGCUUAGGAACUGGAGGCCACAGUGAGCUACGACGGUGCCACUGCACUCCAGCCUGGGUGACAGAGCAAGAUCCUGCAUUUAAAAAAGAGAAAAAAAGAUGAGAUCAGAGAUGUGAAAUGCAGAAGGAUCCCCUCUUGGCGUGGCCCCAGGAAACGGCAUUGUGGGGGUGGGCAUGGAGAUGAGGACUUUAGCGGAAGCGACAUUCUCAGGAUGAGAAUCCAGAACUGGCCCCUGGGGGUGGCGAGGGGGAGUUAUGAGGCCUGGUGUGGUGAGUCCCAGCCUGGGUUCCCAGGAGUGGGUAGGGGCUGAAGAGCAGCCUCCUGGGCGUGGGGUCGCCUAUUUUUGCCUCUACUACGUCAUCCUCAGACCUGGGAGUGGCUGGUGCAGCCUGGAACCAAAUAAAGGCUUGUCGAAUGAAUGAAUGAGUGAUGGGGAGAAUGGAUGGCAACAGCCUUGGCGGUCACACUGGGCAUCGGGAGCAGGCAUGGACAGGGGUGCAUCCAACCUCCUCCUUUCUGGCUGCCCCGGCUCUCCUUGCUCAGGUGCCCCAGACCCCAUGCUCCCUCCAGCUGGAGCAGCUCAGGCCUCCCUGGCAGCCUCCAGGGGUCCCACCAUGACUCCCCAGACUCCUGAGGGCCUCCUCCCACCCGGGGUUCCUUAGGGUGCAGGCCAAGGACCCUCCUCUGGGCCUGGGAGAUGUACUGAAACCACCAGGCAGGGUCUAUAGGCCUGGGCCGGCCUCUUGGCCUCCUUGUCUGCCUUCACCUGGGCCUCAGUUUACCCCACAGUAAAGUCGCAACUUGACUAGAGAGGCGCUGUUCCCAGGGCCCUUUCGCAGAGGACCAGCCUAAGAUCACUAUCUUUCAGAGAAAGUGAAACCUGGUCCCCAACCGUCAAGGCGGUAACUCCCCCUCCCGGCUUCCCCUCUGAGCUCACAGCUUCCCCAUCUUCUCCUUCCCCCAUCCCGCCCCCUUGACAGCUAAUACUUGGAAUCAGACCUUCAUCUUUGCUUUUUCCUUCAAAGGUCUUUUCCUUUUAUGUCCAUGAUGGCAGCAACCAUGUGAGUGGGGCUGGGAAAGACUUUUCUCCUCAUUUUAUAGUUGGGGGUCUCUGAGGCCCAGAGAGGUUACGUGACUUGCCUCAGGUCAUGCAGCACCUCAGCAGGCUUGAAUGCUGGCCUCCUGUUUCUCUUGCUCCAAGUGUCCAGUUCUCCCCCGUGGAGCCUGUCUACAGAGACAGGGCCUGGCUUUGGGGAGUGGGCCUGGCAGAGGGUGCACAACGGGGCAAAGGAGACGGUCAGGAGCUGGGCUGGGGGAUGCUGGUCCUGGGGCCUGAACCACAAUCUCGGGGCUGCCAGCCUGCGUCUGGCUCUGUGCCCAGAGCCCGGUGGUUUCCGCUCGCAGAUGUCUCAACAGCCCCGGCGAGAGGGCAGGAAGGGCACUCAAGAAGGAAGACGUCUCGCCCCCCUCAGCCCCCAACCACCAUGUCCUGCGAGGCCAAUGGCUCCUGGGCCGAGACUGGCCUGGGGCCUCCAGGGGCCCAACUUGAAGUCCCUCCUGCCCAUCCCUGGCCCAGUUCCCCGAAGAUGGCAUGGACCCUCUUCCUCCCUGUUCACCCCAGGAAGGCUGAGGCUGCGGUUUACAUCAUCCUUGGGCGUAGGGCUGACCUCGAAGAACGAAUUCGAAGAAAACAGGAGGAGGAGCGGGCAUACACCGCGCCCAGCGCCCAUUGGCCGCCUGUGGAAAUUUUGGUUUUUGGGGUCAUGUUCCCAGAAGGCCUGCCCUCCCCCCUCCCCAUCCCCACCCACCUCAUGAGGUGUUGGCCAAUCGCCCCAGCGGGCAUAAAGUGGCUGCCAGCCUGCAGGGCUCCCAGCCGAGAGGUGUCACCCCCAGCGGGCACGGGCCGGAGCACGGGCACCCAGCAUGGGGGUACCGCUCACACAGAGGACGCUGCUCAGUAAGUACUUCCUUCCUCCCCGCCAGAACCCGCCUGCUGGGUCUGUCCACAGGCGCCGGUGGGGAGCAGAGGCACCCUCUGCCCUCUGGGACCUGGGGAGGCCGGGCGCCAGGCAGAAGGAUGCUGAGAAGGGGAGAAAGCCAGAAGGUCAGGCAGAGAGAGCGGUCCACUGAGAACCUGGCAUCUCCACAGGUAGGGAAGGGGCAUCCCUGGAAGGCUUCCAGGGGGAGGUGAUGUCGAGAUGUAGAGGCAACUCUGGGAACCAGGGAGUGAGAGAAGAGGAUGGGUGAAGAGGCUGGGCAGGAGAGGGAGGCUCAGAAGCUGGGCAGGGAAGUGGUGUGAGGUGUGGAGGGAUUUUGGGGCCUCCAGCUUGCCCCGGAUGAAUAGAAAGUCAGCCGGCCCUGGGGGCCCCAGAGCCCACACAAUCACACAGCACGCACAGCCACACCCACAUGGCCACAUGCACACAGAGCCAUAUGACGUCAUCUACAGCCCUGCAUCUCACCAGCCCAGGAACCCCCACAUGCAGACCACAGUCCCCACGGUGAAGGGAGCAGAUCUCCCUCAUGCUGCACACAGACCCAGAUGCACAGCCACACAGACACCCUAGUCCCACGUGCGCUGCCACACGCACAGGCCCCUGCCAGAGCCCAGCAGCAGAUACCUGGGGAGGCGGCGAAAGUGCCCUGGGGUCGCUACGCCUGGGUGCCCGGCCCCUCGGCCCUCCCCAGCAGCCAGUCUUCCCCAAAGGGCCGGAUGGUUCUUAGGACGGGAACGAUGGUGUCACUGCCUUCCGGGCCAUUGCGCCACAGGCCCCUUCCGACCACGUGGCUGCUGGUGCCCUGUUGGGGGUGGUGGAGAGCGGUAACUGUAUCCACCCCCAACACCUCUGACAGGCUCACAGCAUCCCUGGUGGGUCUGACAGAAGGAACCACUUAUGGAGAGAGGAGGGAGGCAUAAGAGGUCAGGGGAGAGCCCUGGCCUUUAUGACCUGUGCAGGACCUUCUCCUGAGACUUGGUUUACCUGUCAGGAAAGUGGGAACAUGGACUGGAAGGUCUCCCACAUCUGUUCCAGGCUGUGCCUCUGGUUGAAAAGGCGGCCUCUCCUGGUUCUAGACAGAGCUGAGGGCACAAGCCACUCCCGGGCUGCCUGCCCUGAAGCCCUCUCAGGCCCAUCUACCUGGAUGGCCAGAGCAGCUGACAAGGCAGGGUCCUAGGCUGGUGGCCGGUCCUUAGCCCAAUGGUCUUGCAGGGAGCCAGUCCCACCUUGCAGAGAGUCAGCUCCCGAGGUUAGAACGGUGCAGUAGGCAGGAUUGGAUCCAGUCGGGCGCUGCAGCCUUUGCUCAAAGACCUACUUGGUAAAUCGCAGCCACUGUCUCAGUCCCUCCCACUGCUUGCUGUGUCAGGCCCUGGGCAGCGACUUACUGGGGAGAUGAUGGUGGCCUUGGUGGGCACACCUGUGCACACACCAUGCCACACAGUGCCCAGCCCCCGGCCUCAACUACACAAAGUCCGGGAUGAAGGAGGCACCUUUCAAGGCCCUCUUCAACCCCCUCCCCGAGGCUCCCAUCUGUGGCUUUCCUUGCCAAGUUGGGUGACACCCCUCUUCUCUGCCUUAGGUCUGAUCCUUGCACUCCUGUUUCCAAGCAUGGCAAGCAUGGCGGCUAUGGGCAGCUGCUCGAAAGAGUACCGCAUGCUCCUUGGCCAGCUCCAGAAGCAGACAGAUCUCAUGCAGGACACCAGCAGGCUCCUGGACCCCUAUAUACGUAUCCAAGGCCUGGAUAUUCCUAAACUGAGAGAGCACUGCAGAGAGAGCCCUGGGGCCUUCCCCAGCGAGGAGACCCUGAGGGGGCUGGGCAGGCGGGGCUUCCUACAGACGCUCAAUGCCACACUGGGCCGCGUCCUGCACAGACUGGCCGACUUAGAGCAGCAUCUCCCCAAGGCCCAGGACUUGGAGAGGUCUGGGCUGAACAUAGAGGACUUAGAGAAGCUGCAGAUGGCGAGGCCGAAUGUCCUCGGGCUCAGGAACAACGUCUACUGCAUGGCCCAGCUGCUGGACAACUCAGACAUGACUGAGCCCACGAAGGCCGGCCGGGGGACCCCUCAGCCGCCCACCCCCACCCCUACCUCAGAUGUUUUUCAGCGCAAGCUGGAGGGCUGCAGUUUCCUGCGUGGCUACCAUCGCUUCAUGCACUCAGUGGGGCGGGUCUUCAGCAAGUGGGGGGAGAGCCCGAACCGGAGCCGGAGACACAGCCCCCACCAGGCCCUGCGGAAGGGGGUGCGCAGGACGAGACCCUCCAGGAAAGGCAAUAGACUCAUGCCCAGGGGACAGCUGCCCCGGUAGCCUCAGGAGCACCCCUUGCUGGUGAAGGAUGCGGCAGGUGCUCUGUAGAUGAGAGGAACCAUCUCAGGAUGACACCUCCCGGGUCCCCAAACCUGUUCCCCUCUACUACUCGCCACUGAGAAGUGCACUUUAAGAGGUAGGAGCUGGGCAGACCCCGCUACCUCCUCCAGGCUGGGGGACAGAGUCCGGCUGUUGAACCCCACCUAGCCCCAAGUUCCCCAGGCCCAGUGGGGUGGCCGGGCAGGCCACGCGGGGCCGACUUUCCAUUGAUUCAGGGGUCUGAUGACACAGGCUGACUCAUGGCCAGGCUGACUGCCCCCCUGCCUUGCUCCCCGAGGCCUGCCAGUCCUUCCCUCUUAUGACUUGCAGGGCCGUUGCCCCCAGACUUCCUCCUUUCCGUGGUUCUGAAGGGGAGGUCACAGCCUGAGCUGGCCUCCUAUGCCUCAUCACGUCCCAAGCCAGACACCUGGAUGUCUGGGUGACCUCACUUUAGGCAGCUGUAACAGCGGCAGGGUGUCCCAGGAGCCCUGAUCUGGGGGUCCAGGGAAUAGAGCUCAGGUCCCAGCCCAGCCCAAAGUCGCCAUGUGGCCUGGGGCAGGUCACUUUACCUCUCUGGACCUGUUUUCUCUUUGUGAAGCUAGGGAGUUAGAGGCUGUACAAGGCCCCCACUGCCUGUCAGUUGCUUGGAUUCCCUGACAUAGGGUGGAUAUUAAAAUCUGCAAUUGAGGACAUGUGGUGCAAAUGGUGCUGGGUGGUGUACACGGAGGUCUCCGUAAAAGGAGACCCACCUCCCAGCGCCGGGAAGCCCCAGUCUUGGGCCCUUGCUGCUGGCUGCUCCCCCUGGUGGUGAGUCCUGGAAUUUUCUCACACAGGAGCCAUUGCCCUCCUAGAGGGGGUCUCAGAAGCUGCGAGGCCAAUUCCUUGGAGGAACAUGACUAAUUUAUCGAUUUUUAUCAAUUUUUAUCAGUUUUAUAUUUAUAAGGCUUAUUUAUGAUGUAUAUUUAAUGUUAAUAUUGUGCAAACAUAUAUUUAAAACUUGCCUGGUUUCUAAA